UAUAAAGCAAUUGACAAAUAGCGCACCGGCCGAUCCCCGAUCCUUUGUGAAACAACGAGGAUGAAAGUGAUUGCUUUGCUCUUGGCUACGGCGUGCCUGGCCCAUGCCACGCAGCCACCUACUCACACCGCCGACAAGGCAUACCUGAUUAAGCAGAAGAGUAUCUACGAGCUCUUCUGGCACAUCGAUCAGCCGACCAUCUACCAUCCGGAACUUUAUCAAACAGCUCGAUCCUUUAGCCUCGAAGAUAAUAUCGCUUCUUUCACAGAUCAGGCGGCGGUAACUGAGUUCCUGCAACGAUGGAAACACGGAAUGCUCCCACGGGGAGAAGUGUUUUACGGAUCUCAUCCUCAGCAUUACAAAGAAGCGAUUUGCUUCUUCCGUGUUCUAUAUUCCGCCAAGGAUUUUGACACUUUCUACAAUACUGCCGUAUGGGCACGCUUCCACAUGAACGAACAUAUGUACGCAUAUGUAUUAAGUACCGUAGUAUUACAUCGCCAGGAUACCAGAAAUAUUCGUCUGCCUCCGAUUUACGAGGUGAUCCCAUAUUACUUUUUCAACGAGGACGUUUUGCAUAAGGCCUAUCGUAUCGCGAUGGGCGACUCGCAAUCAGGUAUGAAGAAAACGGUUGGUGGUGUAGACUAUUAUUACAUUCCUUCCAAUUACACCGGUUGGCAUAUGGUUGGGGAUGAAGUGGCAGAACAAGAAAAAUUAAGCUACUUUACUGAGGAUAUCGGUUUAAACGCGUUCUACUUUAUACUAAAUCAUGACUUUCCACUCUGGAUGAAGAGCGUUCAGUAUAAUAUGCCCCAACACAUUCGCGGCGAAUUGUAUAUGUUCAGUCACAAACAAUUGCUUAAUCGUUACUAUUUGGAAAGAUUGUCCAACGAUAUGGGAGAGAUCAUGUACGUCGAUGUGAACAAACCUGUCGUUCCCGGUUACUACCCGAUGAUGCAUCAUCAUAAUGGAUUGCCAUUUCCGCAGCGUCCCGCUGAUUUCGUGGUUCCUCUUCAUGCACACAGAUAUGUCCAGGCCAUACAAGAUGUCCACACUCGCAUCUCUGAUGCCAUUGACAGAGGCUACGUCGUUGAUAUUCACGGCAAACACUUCGACAUUUACAACACUGUAGACGGUUUCAAUUAUCUUGGCAACGUAAUCCAGGGCAAUGCCGAUUCUGUCAAUCCUACAUAUUACGGACGUUUGGAUUAUUUAUAUAAGAAAGUCCUCGGCAUGACCCAUGUUCAUGUCACCAAGCACACGACAGUUCCCACCGCUCUCGAAUUCUUAACCACCAGCCUGAGGGAUCCCGCGUUCUAUGAAAUUUAUAAGAAUAUCGCCACUUACUGGAUGAGGUAUAAGGAACACAUGCCGAGCUACACGCAUGAGGAACUUGUUUUUCCGGGUGUUACGAUCGAAUCCGUCACCGUUGACAAACUGUUGACUUUCUUCGAUCACUUUGAAUCGUUGGUCAACAAUGCUGUAUCGGUGCGCAGUCAUAAGGAAGCUCAAUCUAUGUUGAUCAAAGCACGUCAGUAUCGUCUCAACCAUAAGCCUUUUACCUAUCACAUCACCGUCAACAGCAACAAGAACGUCAAGGCGGUCGUUCGUGUCUUCCUUGGACCCAAAUACGACGUUCACGGCCACGAACUGGAUAUAAGCGAGAAUUACAUGAACUUUAUGGAGAUGGAUCAAUGGACCGUUGACCUGAAAUCUGGAACCAAUAAGAUUGAGCGUAAUAGCUACGAGUCCAUCUACGUUGUUCCGGACGAGAUGCCAAGCGAGGUUCUGUACAAGAAGAUGGUGAAAGCUAUCGAGGGUGGCGAGACUUUCAAUUAUCCAGGCCAGCUUUACGGUUACCCUGAUCGUUUAAUACUUCCUAAGGGCAAGAAGGAGGGUAUGCCGUUCAAACUCUUCGUGAGCGUGUCACACUUUGAUGAGACGAAAGGCACGAAGGUGGAUUCUCCCAUUUGGGGUUCAAACGUAAUGGACCAUCGACCAUUGGGAUAUCCGCUCGACAGACCGGUUCACACCUUCAAUUUCACCGUACCUAAUUUCCACAUGAGGGACGUUCUGAUUUUUCACAAGCAGGCGGAAGAAUUGAACCUCACCGUAUAAAGCUUAUCUGCACAUUACCCCGCUAAUACUGCGAUGAUUUUACUCAAAUGUAAAAAUACGUUGCGACUUACAUACUUUGUCUACUUAUAUAAUUAUUUAACACAUGCGUGUUCGCUGGAACAAGCACUUGGAUCGCGCCACGCUAAUUGAGAAAAGAGAUAUAUAUAAAUAAGAGAAAAAAUGCGCGUACAAUAAUUUUUCCGUCACCGAGUGUUUUAUGUGCAUGUAAUCGUCCGAUGUGACAUAAAUUGCACCUAGCUGAAAUAAAUUUAAUAGAAUCUCUCA